GCGCGCGCGCGCGAACGACUUGAGAGGACGCCACUUAGCGGGCGAGUGCGCGCAUCGACGUGAACGAAGACUACCAAAGCAGGUGAAUGUGGCGGAAAAGGCGACGCAAGAAGUGAAAAAGAUCAUAUAUAUUCUGAACUGACUUGGCGAGAAACAAGAAGAACAGAAAUGGCAGAAGGCUGUUCCGGCUCCACAUUGACAACAUGCAGUAUCUGUCAGAGGUUAAGCCAAGAGCUAGUUAAGCUUUCAUGCCACCACGCACUUUGUAUAAAUUGUGCCGAGUGUAUCAAAGAUGAGCGUGCAGAAGUGGAGCCUUGCUGUGUCAUCUGCAGAAAUGAGUCUCCGUCAAGUGACCAUCUUUCUUUGUGUGACUUGGUGAAUUCAGAGACUAGCCAGAUAGUUCAGUGCAAUUUUUGUUUAGAGAGUCCUCUGCCGGCAGAGAAGACCUGUCUGACCUGCAUGGCCUCCUUCUGCCAAACCCACCUUCGACCACAUCUAAUGGAAGCCUUCCGCAGUCACCAGCUCAUACCUCCCUGUGCAGACGUAAGAGACUGCUGCUGUCCAGAGCAUGACAAACCAUGUGAGAUGUUCUGUAAAGAGUGCAAAGCAUGCAUCUGCAGUGUGUGUCCUAUCCUGGGAAAACAUCAAGAUCACUACGUCAGCUUCAUCCAGGAAGAAUCAAAAGAGAAAAAGGAAAAUCUUCGUGUUUGCUUGACAAAGAUCCAGUUGAACAAUCGGAGGGAAGCUGAUAAUAUAAGGCAAAUUCAAAAAGCUGCGCUUGGCCUGAAGGAAUCUUCUGCUGAAUGCAAACUGUGGCUGAGCAUCCGUUUCACAGAGCUACGCUUGCUACUGGAUCAGGAAGAGAAAGCAGCUAAAAGUUUUGUGGAGCAGCAAACGCAGUCCAUUCUCCAAAUGUAUGAUGGCCAUGUCCAGGCUUGUGAAGAAACAAUAGCGAAGAAUGAGAGUUUCAUGAAAGAAGCCCAGCGAAUUUUUAAACAUGACAAUCCAAUUCAUCUUUUGACGGAGUUUACAGCCGCAGAGAGAGAUAUUCAGCAGUAUCAGCGUCCAGUUGAUCAAAUUAAUCCUGUUCCUGUCUCCUUUCAAAAUAUUCAAAAAUAUAUUUCGGGUUUGAAAAAGUCCCUGGAAGCAGUGUUCAAGAAGCCUCUGCAGAGCAGGCUGAACAACGGUGCUGCGAAUACAUCCAGUGGUAAUUUUUCCCGGAGUUUAAUGCAUGUGACAAAUUGCUCAGGUGACAAGUCCCAUUUUCUUAAACAUGGCCGAUCACCUAUCUUUGAUCCCGAGAGUCUACAUCCUCGUUUGAGAUUGGAUGAGUCCAAGGAGACAGUGAGCUGUGCUUGGCUGAAAUCAUCUGUACCUGAUGGGCCCUUAAGGUUUAACAAACUUCUUCAAGCAUUUGCCAGAGACUCGUACUUUGCUGGCUCUCAUUACUGGGAAAUGAAUGUUCAACUAUCUAACCAUGGCUGGUGGGUAGGAGCAGCAUAUCAAUCAUUGUGUCGAAAAGGAGACUCGGAGUACACUCGCCUUGGAUGGAAUAAAGUCUCCUGGUGCCUAAAGCGAUAUGAUUGGGAGUACUGGGCCUUUCAUGAUGGCGAGAAAGUCCCCGUAAAAGUUGAUGAAGACCCAGAAAAAGUUGGAAUAUUCUUGGAUUAUGAGGCCGGGACUCUAAGCUUUUUUGAUGCGACAAGUAGCAUGAAACAUCUCUUUACUUUCAAGUCUCAAUUCUCCAAACCUGUCUAUCCUGCUGUUCGUCUUUGGAAAGGGCCCGUCUCCUUCUGUAAGCUCACUUGAGCGUGGCCUUCUGAAACAGCACCAGAAAUUCUUUGUGUUGUCUACAAUGAGAAGUCUUCUCUUGAUGCCCAUUUACGAAACUCCUUUUCUCCAAAAUUGUUCAAAAAUAGAGGCAACAAGAGCUUUAAAAACAAAUUGUGACUUUUAGGCCGCACUAUUAAAAAUGAGAAAUAAAUGGGAGUGGUAGUGCUAAUCUUAAAAGUCUUGGUAUACACUUGUAGUACUUCCGUGAAAAAUAUCUAAUUUUUUAAUUUAUAAAAUUUGAAUUGAAUGACCCAAAGAACUUAGAUUAGUUACAGUAGAUACGUUUUCCUACUAAAGGUGGUGUAUUGUGAGGCUGAAGGAGCUGCUGCACAGGAAAGCCACAUCACAAAACUAACCGCCAUAUCUGCAGCUGCUUAAAUGGAGUUCUCCAUUUUGCUGAAUGGUAGAUCUUGCUGCAUGUAAUCUCAACAUCCUGAGUUCAUGUCUCACUACUAUCUCACGAAAGAUAUCAGUGGGAGUGGAACAUCGUGAGCAGAUUCCUCAGCAGAGACAAAUGAUGUUGUGACCUGAAUUCACGCCAAGAGAGGGAGAGAAUGUAACCAGUGGUGUGUGUGCAACAAAGCUAUGAGAUACACUUACUGAUAUGCAGGAAACCCGUCACAAUGACUGCGGCCAGAUCAGCCACCGGCUCUCCACCAAGCUCAGAGCUAGAACUGUGAUUCCAGUUGUUGGUACGCAUCCCAGCAUUGCAGUCUUGGAGGAUGGAUAGAUAGAUAGAACAAAUGAACUUUAUCUGUUCCCAGGGGAGUAUGUCUUUUUGCAGAAACUAUUCUAUCUAUCUAUCUAUCUAUCUAUUAUAU